GCAUUAAAGAGAGCUUCUCAGAAUAAAAUCAUAGGAUGAAUAGGGGGGAACUUAACCUUCUAUACCUAAAAUAGGGCAAGCAGCCCGUCACUAAGGAAGCCAUAUACCGCUCAAGUUUUCCUCUCAUAGAAAGAGUGAUGGUGACAGUUAUUGCAAAGCGAAUGACUUCAGUCAGUCGCGAUGCUAAUUCAUCGAUAUCAGCUCCGUAAAGAUACCUACUCUCCACUAGGCCCUGCAUUCAUUCUUGAAUAUUUAGCUCCUCGUUCGAUAUAAUUGAGAAAAUGUCUUAUCCAACCUAACCGUCCAAGCUGGUCCUUCAGUAAGCUAUUAGCGUUGCUAUCGGACCUACAUCUAGGCCUCCUAUCAAUGGAUCCAUACGUGGGAGGUAGAAGAGUCUCUCGCAGUCGUCCCGCUCGGAACUCAUCAGGAACAAAGAAAUUCUAUAGAUGGUUGAAUUCGCCGCCUGAGUCAUAUUCCGUUGAGAAACGGCCUUCGUUUGGCUUGUGGUUGAGAGUUACUUGGCCCGACAUCGUAACUAUGCUUCUUCUCGGUGUAGUAGCCUUUAGCGUCUAUGCUCUUCGCCCUGCUGGAGUACGAACUUUCCCCUUGACGGUAAUCGAUGCACGUACCGGCGAAGACACCGGCGAGGUCGUUUACCCCGAAUUUGCGUAUCCGUAUCGCCCUCAGCUUAUUUCCUCUUGGGUAGAUACUGUUCUCGUAACUGUGAUCCCUCUGUUCACUGUCUUGAUUAUUCAAAUUCGCCUCCGGAGUUUUUGGGACCUCAAUAAUUGUAUUGUCGGCUUCGUAUAUGCGCUCGAGACAUCAGCUGCAUUCCAAGUCACGAUCAAGUGGCUUAUCGGCGGCCUCAGACCAAACUUUUAUGACGUCUGUCAGCCCGAUCCUAGUCUUGCUGGCAACCCAGAUGUUGAUGUGACGGGCUUGAAUGCUGUUGGCUAUAGACAAUACAUGUAUACCUCGGAAAUUUGCACAAUUGGCCAGGGCCGGCCUCUUUGGAACGCAAUGCAAAGCUUUCCGAGCGGUCAUUCAACGACCACCUGUGCGGCAGCCGUUUACAUUUUCCUAUACCUCAAUGCGAAGCUCAAGGUCUUUGCAAAUUACCAUUCCUCCAUGUGGAAGCUUGUCCUACUCUACUGUCCGAUCCUGGGAGCCGCCCUCAUUUGCGGGUCCUUGACAGUGGACGGAUCCCAUAAUUGGUAUGAUAUUCUUGCAGGUGCCACUAUAGGCACCGUCUUAGCGGUCUCAUCAUAUCGCAUGGUAUAUGCAAGCGUCUGGGAUUGGCGCAUCAACCAUAUCCCUCUGAAUCGAGGGGCUGCGUUCAUACCUUUGACAAAUGGUUGGGAAAGCUCAAAACUAGUGUUCACGAAUAGGGCUGGUUGGAGAAAAGGGCACCCGAACAAUGAGAAAGAGAUACUACCAGGCCCUGUCACGAGAAGUGGAGUUAUGGGUAGCCAUUCCAGCGUACAUUUUGAGGGGCCUCCCGAUGGUACGGCAAGCCAAGCUGCAAGAGAACCUCAAUACACUCCUCGUCUCUCUAGAGAUAGAGAUCGUGGUGCCGAUAUGGUAUAGUGUCAGGGCUAAGAUGACGAGAUAUGAGGAGCGCAAGGACUAAUAACUAUUGGAGUAGCAUCAGACUAGUAUCGUAUUAUAUACAAUUUAUUCUUCAUAAACUAUCAUGAAACUAUAAGAUAGUGGUAAUAAGUAAAUGUUAUGACGGCGGGCGAGGA